AUGGAGAGCAAUCAAAAUAUAAGUGGAAGUGGAACUGGACCUCUUCCAUCUUCAACAGUGGAUGAACAAGGAGUACAAACCCCAGGCAUUGAGACAAGUGCUCAACAGCCUAUGGCCACUCCUAAAGUUCCUUCUGUUAAGAAGAGGAAGGAAUUAGAGUCUAGAUCCAUAGUGUGGGAGCACUUUGAAAAGAUCAAAGAUCCUGAAACUAAAAUAGUGAUUAAAAGUAAAUGCCUUUACUGUGCAAAAGAGUAUUUUUGUGAAACUAAAAAACAUGGCACAUCAUCAUUAAGAAAUCAUAUGGCCAGUUGUCUUAAAAAUCCUCAUUCAAAGGAUACAAGGCAGUCUCUACUCACAUUCAACACUAUGUCCACUUCUGAGGGUGGAACAGAGGCUCCUGGGGGUGUUUUGGGGACAUGGGUAUUUAAUCAAGAUGCCAUUAGGAGGGCCCUUUGUGAGAUGAUAAUCAUAGAUGAGCUCCCUUUUAGGUUUGUAGAGGGCCAGGGGUUCAAGAGGUUUAUUCUGGUUGCUUGUCCUAGGUGGACCAUUUCUAGGGACAUCUACCAAAUUUUUCUUGAUGAGAGGCUAAACCUUAAGAAGUUGUUUAGAGUGGGAACUCAAAGGGUUAGUCUAACAACUGAUACAUGGACUUCUGUCCAGAGAAUCAAUUAUAUGUGCAUUACUGCACAUUUUUUAGAUGACCAGUGGAAGCUUCAUAAAAAAAUUAUAUCCUUUGUCCCAGUUUCUUCUCAUAAGGGGGAGUACAUUGCAAAAGCCCUAGAGAGUUGUUUAUUAGAGUGGGGAAUUAAGAAUGUGUUUACUGUAACAUUGGAUAAUGCUUCCUCUAAUGACACAGCUAUGGGGUUUUUUAAGAGUAAACUGUUAUCUUGGGGUUCUUCUUCUGUUAAGGUUCAGUACAUGCACAUGAGGUGCAUAGCCCAUAUCCUCAAUUUAGUGGUCCAAGAUGGGUUGAAGUUUGCAGAUGAGUCAGUCAAGAGGGUGAGGGGUGCAGUGAGAUGGGUUAGGAACUCACCAGCUAGGCUGACAAAGUUCAGAGAGUUUGCUGAACUGUUUGGUGUGGAAGCUAAAUCAGCUUUGCAUCUUGAUGUCCCUACAAGGUGGAACAGCACCUACAUUAUGCUCAACACUGCAGUUCAAUAUCAAGUAGUGUUUGAUGCAUAUGAGAGAAAUGACCCCUCUUAUUCUGCUGACUUGGAGAGUGCUCCUACCUUCUUGGAUUGGUGUUCUGUGGAAAGCUUAGUGAAGCUGUUGAAAGCAUUUUAUGAUAUGACAGUGAGGAUCUCUGGUUCACUUUAUGUCACAUCCAACACAUUCUUCUCUGAGAUCUCUGAUCUUAGUUGCAUGCUUGAAGCUAUGGUGAACUCUGAUCAUGGGACUGAAAAGGCAAUGGGGACACAAAUGAGGAACAAGUUUGACAAAUAUUGGGGGGAUCCAGAAAAAAUGAACUCUAUCAUUUUUUUUGCCAAUAUUCUGGACCCCAGAGAUAAGGAGGAGUACAUGCCUCAUCAGUUUGCCCAGUUGUAUGGAGAAGAGAAAGGCAUAGCUUGUUUUACCGAGGUCCAAUCUGCAAUGGCUGCUUUAUAUGAUGACUAUGCAGCUGCAUACUCUCUCAGUUCUACCCAGACUGCAUCCUCUACUCAAGCAGUCCAGUCUGAGGCUAACCAGGCUACUACUUGUAAAUGGUGGAAGAGCCAUAGUGAGAGAUUUCCUAUUCUCUCCAAAAUGGCUAGAGAUGUGCUUGCAGUUCCUAUCUCCACAGUUGCUUCUGAGAGCUGUUUUAAAUUGCCGACUGGAGCUUCAUCUACUAUACCAUCAAUGUUGCCUACAUUCAUUGUAAUUUUGAAUGUGUUUGUUUUAUUUGGUGGCUAUAUGAAGCUUCCACUUUUGUCUGAAUAA